CCCCCACUUCCUGAGCUUUGCAAUUUCUGACUGUUUCGUCCCCAGUGAAAAGCUGUCAUUGUCUGUUGAGAACUGUUACGACUACGCCCAGAAGAGGUUUGUUUAAAACUUACUCUCUGGUCUAAGUGUGGAGGAGGAGCGACUUUAAUGAAAUGCAGUGUGCAUUUACAAUGAAGCGGAUGCUGCUGCUGCUGCUGGGAGAUUCACAUGCGAGUGCUGCAGAGGCUGUGACCGGGGGGGGGGGGUCACCACACCCUGGCUGUUGUGCACAUGUGCAGUGGACUCCUGGAUUAUUCUCCAGAAGAGCUGCUUUCAGAACUGGUGCACAGAUGUAGGUUGUCUUGCGAACUGUCAAUAAAGACCAAAGCUUAAUUUAAAUUUUUUUUUUUUUGUUGCAGUUGUACCAUCUGUCUUACAUGUUUUGCAGACAAAUGGAAAUGUUUUUUUUUUUUUCAGUCAAAAUUAAAACAUGAUUUCAGAAUGCACUUAAAAAAAAAAAGUACAACAUCUGCCUCAAUAAUGAGUGCUCUACCAUUUCUGAACACACAUGGUAACAUUGCAGAACAGGGAAAGAUGUAAAUCAGUUUACACAGACAAUCUGGUGAAGUGUAGACUGAAUUUUUAUUGAUCAUUUGGAAAUGUGAUUUAAGAAAAGUCCUACCUGCUUAUUGGAUGUUAAGAGCUGGUAAAUCAGGAAUUUCCUUGGAGGUUGUGAACUUCAAUUAAAUAAGUGUUGUCAGCGUGUGUGUGUAUAUAUAUUCUAAAUGUUGGAAAUUGUAUAUGGUUUUGUGUCAUUUUUUAUUUGAGGUAGGUGAACAAUCUCAGGUUUUUUAAAUUUAUGUAUUUAUUUAUGCUCUUGUAUUGUGGCGGUUGCUACAUAUCGUUUAUAUGAUUUACCAGGGGACGCGCGUGUUUUCUUCCCUUAAUCGAUAAACAGAGCUCUUUCGCUUGCAUUCUACAGUGGCGGUGUAAAUGAUCAAGUACGCUAAGAGUUAUAUAUUAUAUUUCUGUUAUAAUAAAUAAUAUAUUUUGUUCAUAUAGAUUUUCAUAUUGAUCAGAUCACAGCGACUGUCAUAAUAUGCCAGAAGCCGUGAGCACACAGCUGCACGUAGAGCUAGGUCUACUGUUCGCCUAAACAAACCUUAAUUCCUGCCUAACUGAUAAAUGGAAGCAUGGGAUUAUUUUGCCUUUUGUUGAUUGGGAAACAAAUGUUAUUGCGAUAAACUACAUGCUUUAUCUUUGCUUGACAUGAACUGCAUUGUGCUCUGCAGCAGAAUAUUAAAUGGAAACGCAACAUAAGUUAUGUAGGCUUAAAUGUGAUACAGAGCCGGUUUAUCUAAUCCCAGAGGACCUCUUUUAAAAUAGUCUUCUAAUCUCCGACCAGAGAGAUCCAGCCUCGUUAUGAAUUCUAUAGUUUUAAUGCGAGAACAGAGAUGUAUCUCCGAUUGGGUGCGACAGAGGUUGCAGCCCAGAGGGGCGGGUUGAAGGAAACCCUGGAAUCCGGCACUGGGUGGUUUGCUCUUUGGUACAGUGGAUCGCUACGUGUUGAGGCUCUUGACAGGGAGAGGGCGUGUGCUACCUUCUGUUGUGCCAUCGCGGAUUGACCUAGCCUAUGAAAGAAAACAUGUACAAUACAGUGACUAGGUGCUGCUACAAUGUAUAGACUUAUCUGACUUCUCUGUUCAAGGUGUACAUGCACACAAAGAAUGGACACAGGUGCCUGGCCCCUCCCUCAAGGUACUAGCCCUUUGGAGUGAACUCAGGCAGAAGUUUUGGGAGAGGCGGAGCGGCCCGCACCCAGCAUGGAGCAGAUGGAGCGGGUGGAGCAGGUGGGGGCCGAGAGCCCUCGGCUGGCCUCCCUGCGGAGGUCUGAGCUCACGGGGCGCAGGGUGGACGAGGAGGAAAUUGGGACCAGCGCUCGGAGGAAGAGGAGGAAGAAGGAGUUGCGACCAGAGUCCUUCAUCGUGUACCAUUCCGAGGCGGAGAGGACGCCCGAGGAGGACCUGGGCGGGGAGGAGGAGGGGGCUGAGAAGGCCUCGGAGGAGGGGGCGAAGUUUCUCACCACUCCCACGGGGGAAGGAGGCUGGAGCAUGCACCCAGACAGCCACUAUGUGACUCUGACGGGCACUAUCACGCGGGGGAAAAAGAAAGGUCAGAUGGUGGACAUCCACGUGACGCUCACGGACAAGGAGCUGCGGGACCUGGCCAGGUCUAAGGAGCGCCUGGACGCCGAGUGCGAGAGGGGCGCGGACGCCAAGCGCCCCUGUGCCCUGGGGCUCGGCCAGGGCCCCCACGUGGUGCUGUGGAGCCUGUCCUGCGCCCCCGUGGUCUUCCUCCUCUCCUUCGUCACCUCCUUCUACUACGGCACGCUCACCUGGUACAACGUCUUCCUGGUGUACAACGAGGAGAGGACGUUCUGGCACAAGGUCACCGUCUGCCCCAUCCUCAUCGUCUCCUACCCCCCGCUGAUCGUGGCGGUGUCCGUCUCCCUGGCGCUGUACGCGGCCGCGGCGCAGGUGUCCUGGGUGUUCGCCGAGUGGUGGCUGGCCGCGCGGGACCUGGAGAAGGGCUUCUGCGGCUGGGCCUGCGGGAAGCUGGGGCUGGAGGACUGCUCACCCUACAGCGUCGUCGAGCUCCUGGACUCGGACACCGUCUCCGGGAGCCUCCAGGGGAAGCACGCGCCCGAGAACCUGCAGACCACGUCCGUGUGACCGGGUCUACUGUCCUAGCACCCGGGAAACCGCGCGCGCUGGUGGACUCCCCCCUCUUCUCAUUGGGCGAGCGGUUCAUCGAUUACUGGCAUCCCUAGUUCUCCAGUUAAAUCCUGUGUGCCAUUGUAAUUUACCUUAUCCAUGUAACAUCACCGACACUUCUUGACUAUACAUGAAGAUACAGGGUUCAUGGAGCCGGACGCGAUAUUACAGCUAAAUGCCCCGUGUUUCAGAAAAGCGUAUGUGUAUUUCUGCGUGUCAUGUUCACGUGACGCACAUGUAUUCGUCGAUGUGCGAGGUGACAGGGUUUCAGGGACUGGUCAUUCCAAUUAGGACCUCACAGGCAAAGACCUUGAGAACCUCGAACACAGGAGAUAAACGGGAGAGUGCCAAGACCAAACCAAUCCUUUUUCCUGACUGACAGAAUGCGGCGCUGAUGCUUGAUCUGUUUGACAGGCACUGCAAGCUCCAGCCUUAUGCUUUCACUUUAAGUGUUUAUACGUAGGCCUACAUCUUCACCCCUUGUUAUCACAUUCUUGUUUCCAGAAGGUGCCUUUAAGCACUGAUUUAUUUUAAACAGCCAGUCUUCGUACAUUGUUCCGUUGCUGUGGUAACCCGUCAGGGUUAAAGCGGAUUUCGAUUUUCUGACGGUUGUUCCGUUUGCUCGUCGUUGUGGAGCUUAAACCAGAUGAAUUUCUGCAUUUACUAUCAUCCAUGUUGUCUUUGCAUUACUGAUUGCAGUGACUUGUGUUGGCUUGGCGUGACAUUUCCACCUAUAAAAUGAGUCUGAGUGGUAUUGAUGCUUUUUGAUCCAGUGUGAUCCUGCAGCAAUAUUGUUUUUUCUUGUUCACUUUAUAGACCUUUAUUUCAGUUACAUAGAUUACCCAAAUUGGUCAUAUCAUUUAUUAGUUAAUUUAUUUCCGAGUUCUUUUUCCGAGGGAUGUCUCGAUUUGUGGCCAGGACGCACAAGAAAUUUGCAUUAGGACUUGGCAAAUCAUAUGUCAUAUAUAGGCCUAGCUUGCAUGAACAUAUAACCGCACAUUCAUUUUAACCGACAUUGUGAUAUUCAAUGCAUGGAAGUGUGUGGUAAGUACAAAAGAGGGACUCUUUGAUUAAUUAAAAUAUAGUUGGAGCAGGGGAAUCUCUUUCGGACAUGCCGGUUAUGGCUUGAGCUAAUAGUUUAUGCACUUUCACAUUUGAGUAUAUGGCUGUAUUUAUGUUAACAUAUUCUAUUAUGAUGCAUAGAAGCAAGGAUAGAUAACUUUUUGUAGCCUAAUUUGAAUGGCUCAACAAAGAUUUCUUGUGUGCACCUUAAUGAAAUUGGAGUUACACGUAAGUGGAACCAAAGAAUGUGUAUGCAAAUUUAGAUUACAUUUAAAAGAAUGUGAAAUUCAUCCAUCGAUUCAUUAUGUAUGCCCUCUUAUCCUGAGCAGGGUCGCGGGGGGUGGUGGAGCCUACCCCAGCGUGCAUUGGGCGAGUAAUGUGAAAUUCAUUUUUUAAAAGAUUUUGACAUAUAAUGCAAAACACUUCUACAGUAGUCACGCACAUGAUACUCAUAACAUUGACCAAUAUCAGAAUGUGUGAUAUUUAUAUUUUUACCACUGCUGUUUUUUAAAUAUUUAUUUUGCCAUUAUUUAAAACUCUGCUCCUGUACUAUUUAAUACAAUAAAAUUAAAAGGUGAAUCGAUUUGUGUUGACCUUGUGUGAUUGCCAUGAGGAUUAAGACAGCCUCUUGCUUGCUUCCCCACUGAGUCCAUAAUGUGAAGAACAGAACAUGGUAUUUUA